UUAUGUUAAGGGGACACAAAUGGGCACAUACUGUGGAAAGGGGCACUCUGAUGGGCACAUGUGAUAGAAAGGGGCACUCUGAUGAGGAAUAUCAUAGAAAGGGGCACUCUGAUGAGGAAUAUCAUAGAAAGGGGCACUCUGAUGAGGAAUAUGAUGGAAAGGGGCACUCUGAUGGGGAACUGAUGUAAGGUGGCAAUGUGAUGGGGAUACUUAAUGUAAAGGGGCAUUGUGAUGGGGACAACUGAUGUAAAGGAGAACUCUGAUGCGCACACCUGAUGUGAUGGGAAUACAUGAUGUAAAGUUGCACUCUGAUGGCAACACAUAAUGUAAGGGGCACACUGAUGGGCACACCCUAUUUGAA